AUGUCCGGCAAUUCUACCGCUGUGCCGGCUGUGGACCCGCAGUCCCGCGGGACCGUAGCCAAGAUUGCCAACCGCAUGAAGCGGUCUAUGGCACGCGAAGAACUGAGCGACGUGGCGUUUACCGUCGGGCGAGACCAUGACGAGCCCAGGAUCUUCCGCGCCCACAAGUAUAUACUAAGCGUUAGCAGUGACGUCUUCAACGCCAUGUUCAACGGGGGUCUGGCGGAGAACGGGGCGGACCCUAUCGAGACGCCGGAUGUGUUUCCCGAGGCCUUCGCUAAUAUGCUCAGUUUUGUUUACACCGACGCAAUGGACGGUCUGAAGCUGGAUAACGUGUACCAGACAUUGUACUGCGGGGAACGCUACGAUAUCACGCAGCUGGUGGAGGCCUGUUGUACUUUUCUGGCCAGCAAACUGAACGGGACAAAUUGGCUGACAUAUUACGAAAAGGCAAAGUUAUGGGGUGCUGAAAAGGCCAUGCAGGCAUGCCUUGAAUUUGUGGACCGAUCCAGUGAAUUGGUCUUUCUAUCGGUACAUUUCGAGAAUAUUCCUCACGAAACGCUCAUGAUGAUUCUGCAACGCGACACCUUAACGACUGACGAGAACACCAUCUACUUGGCUGUUGAACGGUGGGCGGCGGCAGCUUGUGCGCGAGCUAAUAUGGAGCGAUCCCCAGAAAACCGGCGUCAAACGCUGGGGGCGGCGCUCUACCUCAUCCGUUUCCCAUUGCUGCGUGAUGCUCAACUGCUGGACGGCCCCGCUAAGACGGGCUUGCUGCAGCAGGACGAAUUAUGGGACAUCUGCCAGUACAAACACGCUACCGUUAAACCGCCGCUGUCCUUCCCGACCGCGCCGCGGCAAUGCGUAAUGCACCAGAUCGGCGCCUUCUGCUUCAAAGAUCGCGAGGAGAUCUUUGUGCGCAACAGGCAGUUCUGGUUCCCGGCCCACGUGACCGGGAUCAGCGCGCCCAACGUAGCCUACGUGUCGACGUGCAGCGGGAAGAGCGGCGUGGUUGCGCCGGAGAAGUUGAUCCGGGCAGCGGAUUACCUGAAACGCGGCCAGCGAGUGUGGGUGGGCCGCGGGUGCUGUGCGCUUCCCACGGUGUACGGUUCACUGCGGCGGCCGGGUGUACAUACGGUCCGUCUGGCAGGGAAAGAACGCGGUAAGCCCUUCGCCGAUUUGAGUCUGUGCGACUGGGACCUGGACGCCUGGAAAGCGGCCAAUCGCGCUGCACUGUGAAAUGUGCACAGACCACAACCGUUUGGUUACGUAUGUAACUAUUUAGUAAUUGUAAUGGUAAUUUUUUUAUUUUGAACUGGUAAUCAUACUGAUACGUGACGUGUAUAUUGUGGCUGUAUAUUAUCCACAAGUUAAGUAGUUAAGCCAUUUUCUCGUAAUAGCCG